UGAUUGAUUGAUUGCGGUCAAAUGAAUUUUUGUUUUGUUUCCAUCUUUUAUUUCCACAUGAAGUGACGGGGAACCUUUGAGACGCUCCCACUCCACUACUUCCUAGUUUUUGACGGUGUUUUAUUUUACAAUCCGGUUCUCUGAGCGGAAGUGCGUCCGCUGGUCGUUGGCAACUUGAGGCGGAAGUAGAAACAGUGUCUGGCCGACUGUCUUCACUUAGGUCCGCGACAUGUAUUGAAAUCCGGACGCCCAGCCUUCCGCAGUCAGUGUCUCGUCGUCGACGCACAGCGAGAGAAUCAUGAGUGGCCGUGGAAAGGGAGGCAAGGGACUCGGGAAGGGCGGCGCCAAGCGGCACCGUAAAGUCCUCCGCGACAACAUCCAGGGCAUCACCAAGCCCGCCAUCCGCCGCCUGGCUCGCCGCGGCGGAGUCAAGCGCAUCUCCGGCCUGAUCUACGAGGAGACCCGCGGCGUGCUGAAGGUGUUCCUAGAGAACGUGAUCCGUGACGCCGUGACGUACACGGAGCACGCCAAGAGGAAGACGGUGACCGCCAUGGACGUGGUGUACGCCCUGAAGAGGCAGGGCCGAACCCUAUACGGCUUCGGAGGCUAAAUCUGGUCCGGUCCGAACCCAACCCAACAAACAACAACAACGGCUCUUUUAAGAGCCACCCACACUUCUCAAGACAUGCUUCCUCCGUCUAACUGUUUGACUCCUGAAACACUCAGAAUGUGGUGAACCUGGAACACCGAGCUGCUCUGCGCCGAUUGCUGCCAGAUGUUGUUUUCUAACGUGCUAGGUUUUGUUUUCUCCUUCCUGGAGCCUUUCCCAGCUUCUCAUGAAAUUCUUGCCAAAUAAACUUUGUGCCAUAAACGUGUUCAAUAAACUCGCCUGACAUCAUC